AUGACCAUCUAUUCCCCCACUGUCAGCCGUGCAGACUUUGCGGAGGACUGCGUCAACUUGGCUGCUUUCACUCUCAUUCUUUUCGAGCACUUGACUACGCUCGACCUGGCCGUCGCGACCCGCGCAUGCUUCCUGCUCUCCGAAACGAUCGUCUUCGCCGUAACAUACAUGAAGACUUGGUAUACGGCGGUCGGUUCGGCCUUUGGCGGCACUCGCCGUCAACAGCUGCCCUUCACGACGCUCCUAUGUCGUGAAGGCAGCGCAUACUUCGCCACGAUGGUGUUUCUCAACGCGACUGGCAUGGUGGGGAGCUUCGCAGCAUCAUAUGGGGCCGCUUCUUGUCUUUCGAGCCUUCUCAACGCGAUACUCGUCACGAUGGUGUCGCGCUUCUAUUUCCACCUCGACGACCUCAGCACCGGGGAAGAAGCGACACCCAUACCGACGAAGCAGAGCGAAAACCUCGUCUUCGUGCACACAUUCCCGACUACUGCGUCAGACGAGCCGCCCACGCCGCCUCCCAAAGACAAGAAAUGGCUUCUGGCCAAUGAUGUGCUGCACAUCCGUCCGACGAUCGUGGCCGCCGUAGCGGUUUAUGAGCAAUAA